AUGCCACCAACCCUCUACCUCGUCCGUCACGCCGAAGGCUUCCACAACGCUGCCUGGCACGGCGAAGGUAUCCACGACCCUCUUCUCACCGANAAAGGUGAAGCCCAAUGCGCCGAACUGUGCAAGAACUUUCCCCACCACGAGAAAAUCGACAUGCUCAUGGCCUCUCCCAUGAAACGCACAAUCCAAACCUGCAAAUUCAGCUUCAAGCCCGCAGUCGACAAAGGCCUUCAAAUCCUCCUUAUGCCCUUAGCUCAAGAAAGCAGCAACGAACCCAUGGACACCGGCUCCUCCGUCUCCGAAAUAAAAUCCCUGUUCGGCGAUUUGGUAGACGAACACCGUAUCGCCUCUGUCUACCCACACUGGACAUCCAACUGCGGACGCUUCGACACCGACCCUGAAACCAUGAUCGACAGAGCCAAAAUGCUGAGAUUGUAUAUCCGUGACAGAGAAGAAAAGAAUAUUGUGCUUGUUAGCCAUGGCACUUUUGCGCAUGCGCUCACGGGUAAUUUUACGGAGGAGGGAGAGCAAACUACGCGCAUGUGGGAGAAUGCGGAGUGUAGGACUUAUACGUUUAGUGAUGGGCCUGGGGCGGAGAUUAUUGAGACGGAGGAGAGUAAGAAGAGGAGACCGAGUUUGGAGGUUUCUUCUGGUGAGGAAGGGGAGGAGUGA